CUUAUCGCCCGCAGCUGAUAAGACGGCCGUCCCGAAUGAUCCCUCCACCUCACUAUCGUCUCCGAGUAUUCAUUUCUGAUAAAGAACCUUUGGAACGAUUCAUUUGUCGAGUGGCUCCGCUCGCUUCGAGUUAUGCGCGAUCUCGGACUCGCUUCUGACUCAGUCUUCGUUGCACCGAAAACAGACGUCAAGAGGUUCGCUGACGAUAUGGCGCAAACGGGCAUGGAAGAGACGAAACUCCGCGUGGAGCCUCCGAGUGCACUGUCCCGGCCUCUGAAAAUUCCCGAAAGAAGCCUCAUGGGACCCGGACCGAGCAACUGUUCGCCUCGGGUCUUGCGAGCUCUCUCCAACCAAGUACUCGGUCAUCUUCAUCCGGAAACUUGUCAGCUGAUGGACGAGAUCAAAGAGGGUUUGCGGUACGCUUUCCAAACGCGAAACAGCUUGACCCUGGCGAUCAGUGGUUCGGGUCACGCCGGAAUGGAAGCCUGCCUCGGCAACUUGCUGGAACCUGGGGAAACGGUUCUCAUCGCGAAAUGCGGAAUCUGGGGGGAGCGCGCGACCGACAUGGCGACUCGUCUCGGUGCCCGUGUCGAAUGGUUGCUGACGAAAAUGGGUGUUCCCUUUACUCUAGAGGAACUUGAAUCAGCGGUGAAAAAAUAUCGACCCGCUGUCGUUUUCGUCGUUCACGGAGAAUCUUCGACCGGCAUGAAGCAACCGCUUCAGGGUCUCGGAGAAAUCGUCCACCGAUACGGAGGAUUGUUGGUGGUCGAUGCGGUGGCCUCGUUGGGAGGAGAACCUUUCUUUAUGGAUGCUUGGAGCAUAGAUGCCGCGUACACCGGAAGCCAAAAGGUUUUGGGUGCACCAGCUGGAAUAACCCCGGUCUCAUUCAGCAAUCGGGCGAGGAGUAAGAUUUUCUCGAGAAAAACCAAAGUUCCCGUCUAUUACUGGGACGUGACGUUGCUCGCUGAUUAUUGGGGCUGUUCCGGCAAUUCGAGAAUCUAUCAUCACACGAUCAGCGCAACUUUGGUCUACGGGCUAAGAGAGGCUCUCGCGAUUCUCGCCGAGGAAGGACUCGAAGCCUGUUGGCGGAGGCACGCCGCCGUCAAGAAGCAAAUCGAACGGGCCCUUCUUCAGAGGAAACUUCAGUUUUACAUCGCCAAUCCGGAGCAUCGUUUGGCGACCGUAAUUGCGAUCAAAGUCCCGUUGGGAGUCGACGCCAAAGUAGUAUCUCGAGUCGCUGUAGAAAAAUUCGAGGUAGAACUUUCCGGAGGUCUUGGGCCAACGCUCGGUCAAAUUUUCCGCAUAGGUCUGAUGGGCACGAACGCAACGCCCCGUCACGUUGAUCUGGUUGUGAAGGCCCUCGACGAGGGCCUAAAAUUCGCAACGAGCCAUAAAUUGUGAAUAAUACGAGGACGGGAGAGGCGGCGCGUUGUUGGGCCGGUGAAACGUAAGACAUUUUAUUCGAGGCGCUUAGAGUCGGGCGAUUAGGAUUGAGAAAAGCAUGAAAUCAUUUUGCUGUUUAUUCAAUGAAAAAUACUGAAAUCGGCA